CCCCCAUCACAAUACCACGCACACAACAACAUUACUUUGGAUACAUCGUGAAUUCUUCCUGGUGAUCUCUGACCUUGCGUCGCAGUUGCACUAAAUAUGAGUAUCGCACCAGACAAGCUGGCGCAGCUGCGAAUUUUGCAGCGCCAGUACCUGCAACUGGUCGAUCCAUCACAGUUGAGGUGGCCAGAUGCACAGGUACUGAAGAGCGCUGAAGUUCAAUCCUGGAUUUUUCUACACAUGUUUGACGAAAGUACGGUCAAGACGCCACCCCCAGAACGUUACCAGCUCAGAGUCUUGAAGCUUCUUGUUUCGAUACUGGAGCGGUCAAUAGUCGACCCAGAGGAGGAUGAGAUUUCAGAUGACCUCAUGUCUGCAAUGUCAACGUUACUCACGUCCAACGUACCCUCCGAGGCCGACUCCGCUCAACAAAAAGCCUUCGUGACAUACUCGUAUCCACUCCACUCAGCUGACGACACCACCUCGGAAGAAAAGGGGGUCACCCUCCUCGAAGCUCGAUCGGUCAUCUCAGGGUCCGGUACCACUGGACUCAGGACGUGGGAAGCCGCUCUGUUACUGGGAUCGUUUCUGAUUACCGAAGACGGCCGGGGAAUGAUCAAAGGAAAGAGAGUAUUUGAGUUGGGUGCAGGUACCGGAGUCAUCUCCAUUCUAUGCGCGAAACAUCUCGAAGCAGCUGGCGUGGUUGCUACUGAUGGUGACGAGGCUGUCGUCGAUGCAAUUAAGACCAACACCUUCCUCAAUGGGCUUGAUGUAGACAGCCUGCAAGGUUGUCAAAUUCGAACCGCAGCCCUCAAAUGGGGUUGGCCAGUCGAUGCCAUGGCAUUCUCUGAGGACUAUGGAAUGGAAGUGCCGGAUAUUCUACUUGGUGCGGACGUCACCUACGAUAAGACUGUCAUUCCACGCUUAGUGUGUACGAUGAAUGAGUUUCUCGACUUGAAUCCAGCUCUUGAGAUCUUGAUCUCGGCGACAAUUCGCAACGAGGCUACAUUCGAGACCUUUCUGAACGCGUGUAGGCGGAAUGGUUUCAGGUUUGAACAAGUCGGCUUCCCGCCAUUGCCAGAGUCCGAACAGAGAGGACCCUUUUAUCCAACGUCAACACCGAUCCAAAUAUGGCGCAUCACCAAACCUGAGGCACCUCGUGAGGAUCCAUUUGCUGUCUGA